AUGAAAGGACUUACGCCUGGUUAUUUGUCUGUGCAUUUACAUGUUCGUCAACCGAAUGAAAGAUAUAAUCUACGUAGUAAUCGAAAUACAACUAUAGAAACAAUGAGUAAUACUUCUAAAGAAUUUUUUGUAGUAGUAGCUGAAGAAUGGAAUAGACUAGUAUUUAAAGAUCCUGGAGUUUUGAGAAUGAAAGUUGCUAUAGUGAGAGUAAUAUUAAAAAAUGAGCUAACUCCAACUGGAAAAUUUUCUAAACGUUUAAAGUUUGCCACACGGCGAGAAGAAAUAAUAUUUAUGCGUAUUAAGUGUGAAUUACACCUUUAA